AUGGUCGUAAUUCCAACAAACGGACACGCGAGGCGCCGUGUUCGCGUAGACCGCGUGCACUCUGUGGUCGCGAAUUGCUCUGAAAACGGCGAUGAGCAAUACCUAGUACGAUGGAAAUCGGAAACAUCGACUACGAAGCCACCUUUCAGCUGGCAUUCGGUGAAGGAGCUAGUGCGCUGCUUAGAACACAUUCAAGAUUACCUGGAAGAGAGGGAAAAGAAUACGACAUUGAUUCAGCAGACAAAAACAUCCAGAAAAAGGAAGAGCCCUAACGAGGAAUCGGAACAUGACCGUCGCUCAUCACCUUUUGACCGACGACUUCAAGAACGCCGGACGCCGUCAGCGUCUCGGUCACCAUCUUUACCUUGUGUCGAUACAUCUACAUCUCCAACCAUAGACGUCUACAACGGUGUUCUAGAUGCCGAUGAAUAUGGCCACAUCUUUUGUCGUAAAGCAUCAGGUCAAGGUAUACCGGAACUUGAGAUCCGUGAUAUCCCCACACUGGAGAUGAACCGGUCUGCACAUCAUGCCAGUGUGGACAAAGCACAAACCUUGAUCCGCAACGAGUAUGUACGUAGACUGGAGAAACUACCGGGCAAACGCAUCCACUUGUUCAAUGUGGUUGACAAAGCCACUCCAUCCUUGCGAUUUCGAUACAUUUCCGAUUACGUGCUGCAACAAGGCGUCUACCGCGCAUCUACUGAAACGCAACAAGGCUGCAUGCAAUGCUCACCACACAUGGGCCGCGAAAUUGGAUGCGAGUACACAAAGAAAUGCGACUGUCUCGAGUAUGCUGCAGUCGAUGAGAGCCGCCUUGACGAUGAAGGCAAGCGGGAAUAUCAAGAAGCUCUCGACACUGGAGCGUCUACCAUGGGGUUCCCCAAGAAGUUUCCAUACUUUGCUGAAGGCACUAAACGAGAGAAGACCGGCUGUCUCGUGCCCUUUUACCUGAACUCCCGUCGACCAAUCUACGAGUGCAACGAAAAAUGCAGAUGUGGUCCCUACUGCCGUAACAAGAACGUGCAAUUCGGUCGUCAAGUGGAAGUCGAGAUCUUCAGAGCGAAUGACGGGCGUGGCUGGGGACUACGCUGCAAAGAAGAUCUUCACGAAGGCCAAUUCAUCGAUACCUACCGCGGAGAAGUCAUCACCGACGCCGAAGCUACACGUCGUGAGACUUCUUCCUCAAAAGCAAAAAUGUCCUAUCUGUACUCUCUCGACAAAUUUGCUGAGUCAGAGGGCCUGGACGAAAAAGAUCUCUACGUCGUAGACGGCGAAUUCAUGGGUGGACCAACCAAGUUCAUCAACCACUCAUGUGAUCCCAACUGCCGGCAGUAUACCGUCUCGUACAACAAGCAUGAUCCGAGGGUUUACGAUAUUGCGUUCUUUGCCCGUAGGUUCAUUCCCAAGGGCGAGGAACUGACGUUUGACUAUCUGGACAAGGAAGAGGGGGACGAGAUGGAUGAGCCGGGUGAGGGUGCGAUACCUUGUCUCUGUGGUGCGAAGAACUGUCGUAAGUGGCUGUGGACUUGA